AAUCUAAAUUGACGACAGUCGAUUCUUGAAGGGCCGUCGGUCCCAGUGUUUUCUUCGGGAACUCUACCACCAUAUGUUUUCGUCGUCGCUAUCGGUGGAGCACUAGGCGCCCCUGCCAUUACUUUCUGAAAUUGAUCUACAUAUCUCUGAUAUGUGGCAGAUUCCGCUGGGCUCGAAGAAGCAGGGCUUUAGACGCUGGGAAGACGAGGGUUUAAAGUAACGCUCCUGUUUACGUCGUCUCUCGUCUUACUGGUGCUGUUAGCUCUUGGAAUUAAGACUUCUUUGACAGGACACUCCUGUUCAAGACUUUUAAAGCGAGCAAUAGCUCGACGUUUUUGCUUGUUGAAAUUUUGCAAAUCGGUGAAUUCGGGGUUUGUGUCGAGGGAGUUGCUCCAUCUUCGCAGAACUGUUCCUUUGUGCCGAAGGCCCACAGACUGGCCAAUUAUCUCGAUCAAAGCCUAUGCUGGGCUUUCCAGCCGUUUCUGCUCGCCACCAUGAGUUGAGAAUUGUGCGUGCAGGAGGGAGCAAUCCAUGGGGUGGAGGCAGGUGUCUGGAUUGCCUACAUCGGUCCAAGUGUGGUGUUUCUUAUGGAAAAAGAAGGCGACAGGACGUUAUAGCAGCAGAUUGUGGAAAUUUUGGGAAAGUUCCUUCUUUCGAUUUUGCAAACAGUGGGCGAGGUUUAGCUCAGCAUGUUUGUCAGAUACUGAGCUGGAAAUUUAGGAGGUCAGAAGUUCAAAAGCUCCCAAUAUUUUUCUACAAGGAUGGACAGCAAUUGCAAUUUGCUUGGGAUGGACAAUCCCUGCUCAUGGAACCUGCAGAUCAAAAAGUGGACGAUGGAGGAUCGAGUAGGGAACAUCAGUUUUACUGGUCUGGUGUGGGAAGAAUGAGGAGGAGCUUGCGCAAGACUUUCGUUCCAGAGCACGUCCGCCCACAUUACCUGUCUUACAUGAGGUGGAAAUUCAUGCACCGAGUUCUUAGCUCGGUACUUCAAGUGCAGUGUACGCAGGCAAUGCUGCAGGCGAUCGGAAUAGGAGCAAGAAGGGCUCUACCAGCAGCAGCGGGGUUGAACUGGGUGUUGAAGGAUGGGCUUGGUCGACUGGGACGUCUUGCGUACUCCGGUUCUCUUGGCUCCACUUUUGAUUCCAAUUUGAAGAGAGUGAGGUUUUCAACAUCUAUUCUCUUCAGCUUGAGCCUGGGCCUGGAGAUGUUGACACCGUACUUCCCCUCCUACUUUUUGAUUCUUGCAACGGUGGCAAAUAUUGGCAGAUCAAUUGCUUUGGCUGCUUAUCUGGCCACUAGUUCAGCUAUACACAAAAGCUUUGCCAUUGGAGACAACCUUGCAGAUGUUGCUGCAAAAGGACAGGUGCAAACAGUGGUUGCUGAUAAUCUUGGUCUGGCAGUAUCUUGCGCGUUGAGUACCGUUAUAAGAACCAAUAGAAGGUUGGAGUAUCUGCUACUCGUUUUGUUUCCCAUUUUAACUGGCCUUGAUUUAUACGCUAUCUAUCACGAGCUUCAAGCAGUCCACCUACAAACAUUGAACAAGGUACGGCUUGAAAUCAUCGUUGAGAAAUGGCUAAGGAAAAACGACGUACCGUCAACUGAAGAAGUGAGCAUUAUAGAAGGCUCACAGUUUUUCCAGUUUCCUGCUCAGACUACCUUGCCUUUGAGGAUUGGAGCAUUGAAACCUGCAGGCUGGAAUCCAGAUGAUCUGCUGCAUGUGUUCCAGUCUCAAUCCCAGCAACCGUAUGCUCUAUUUCGAGAGUCGCAGAGUUCUAUACCCUUGUUCCAUCAGACAGGAUUACUAUUAUGGUUGAAGGAUGAGUUUACCCCAAGGGAUGUCAUCACGGGUGCACUACAGGUGGCACACUUGAGGGACUUGACAGGUAGUUCUAGGUCCCCGAAGUUGGAACCUGAAGACAAGGAGGCGACGAAACGUUCUGACCCACAUUUGGAAAUUCAUGACGCAACGGACCGGCGACGAAUUCCUCGAAUUUCUCAAGAAGGCUGGCUGAUUCUGGUCGAGAGAAGUAGGCAACAAGCUUUGGCUGAUGUAGACGCUCUUUUGGCUGCAAUGGAGAUGAAUGGGUGGCAAACGAAGCACAUCCUACUGGCUCCUGACGAGCGUCGCACCUACAGCACACACCUAAGACAACAGAGUUGAACGAGCCAUCACGCAUACCGGGAUCGAUGCACGAAGGAUAACCUUCUUCAUGGUUACUUGAAACACCCAAGGGAGAUAACUCACAAUAGUGGAACGGAGCACACACGAAAGCCUUUGAAAGUACAGAGCGUCCAACUGCUCAAUCCACUCCAAAGCCUUCACCAGCUUUUUGAAGCCUUUCGAGAGCCAAUGUGUAGUUCAUUGGUUAAAUAAGUCAGGCUGCGCGUGGUGCAUCUGAUAUAUCAAUAUACGUUGUAAAAAGUCAGAUUGCACGACCAGACUCAUAUCACAGAGUACUCUUUGGCUUAAGGUCUCGUUUGCUUCGAACGUUAAAUGAAGCGGCCCCGGGGCAUUACCAUUGGUUUGGCGUUGUUCUAUUUUGCCAGUCAUGCGCGACAUUCUUGUUGGUACAUUCUAAUGACCGUAAUGUUCGUUAUUGAGUUCCUCCUGUCGGAAUGUAUGCCUUAAAACUGGAACUAAAGUCAAGCAAUAAUUGACUUUUAAGGUUGCAUGGCAACUGUAAAUGAGACUAGCCCUUGUGACACGAGACUGAGCUCCAACGAACUAAAGUACACAUACACGAUGCUUACUAUCUAAAUGAGUACGGCUCAGACUUCAAAUCUGAAGGGGAGAAAUUCCCAUGAACCUCGAACGGUGUUCACCGUGUACAGACAACCAAAGCGUCGGGCGGUCUCGAGAAACCGUGUAAUGCCAAAUUCUGUCCGACAUUAGGGAGAGGAUUCGACCAGAAGUU